AUGCCGGCUCUGCCAGCACUGCUGCUGUCGAUUUAUGUCGUCGUCCUGCUGCUGACCAUGGCACCGCUCUCCUUCAGCCAGGCCAACACCCUCUCUGCCGUCCGGAUGGCGGCCAUUUUGGAUGACCAGUCCGUGUGUGGUCGCGGCGAGCGUCUGGCGCUGGCUCUGGCGAGGGAGAACAUCAACAGUCUGAUGGAGGGCCCCUCCCAGGCGAGGGUGGAGGUGGACGUCUACGAGCUGCAGAAGGACUCCCAGUACGACACCACCGACACCAUGUGUCAGAUCCUGCCGAAGGGCGUGGUCGCUGUGAUUGGCCCCGCCUCCAGCCCCGCCUCCGGCUCCACCAUCAGUCACAUCUGUGGAGAGAAAGAGAUCCCUCAUGUGAAGAUCGGUCCCGAGGAAACCCCGAAGCUGCCCUACCUCCGCUUCGCCUCGGUGACGCUCUACCCGAGCAACGAGGACCUGAGCCUGGCCAUCGGGUCCAUCCUGCGCUCCUUCGGCUACCCGACGGCCAGCCUCAUCUGCGCCAAAGCAGAGUGCCUGCUGCGAUUGGAGGAGCUGGUCCACCGCUUCCUCAUCUCUAGGGAGACGCUGUCGGUGCGAAUGCUGGACGACAGCCUGGACCCCACCCCCCUGCUGAAGGAGAUCCGAGACGACAAAGUGGCCACCAUCAUCAUCGACGCCAACGCCUCCAUCUCCUACCACAUCCUCAGGAAGGCCAACGAGCUGGGGAUGACGUCAGCUUUCUACAAGUACAUCCUCACCACCAUGGACUUCCCUCUGCUUCGGCUGGACGACGUGGUGGACGAUCAGUCCAACAUUGUGGGCUUCUCCAUGCUGAACGGCAGCCACUCCUUCUACCUGGAGUUCAUCAGGAGCCUGAACCUGUCGUGGAGGGAAGGCUGCGACAUCAGUCCGUACCCGGGACCGGCGCUGUCGUCGGCCUUGAUGUUCGACGCGGUUCACGUGGUGGUGAGCGCCGUGCGGGAACUGAACCGCAGUCAGGAGAUCGGAGUGAAACCGCUGAGCUGCACCUCGCCCCUCAUCUGGCAGCACGGGACCAGCCUCAUGAACUACCUACGCAUGGUGGAGUACGACGGUCUGACAGGCCACAUUGAGUUCAACAGCAAAGGCCAGAGGACCAAUUACACCCUGAAGAUCCUGGAGAAGCACCCCGGGGGCCAUAAAGAGAUCGGUAUCUGGUAUUCCAAUAACACGCUGGCCAUGAACUCCACUUCCCUGGACCUCAACGCGUCAGAGACGCUGGCUAACAAGACGCUAAUCGUCACCACAAUCCUGGAAAACCCGUACGUGAUGCGUAAGUCCAACUACCAGGACUUUCAGGGUAACGAGCAGUACGAGGGUUUCUGCGUGGACAUGCUGCGGGAGCUGGCCGACAUCUUGAAGUUCUCCUUCAAGAUCAAGCUGGUGGACGACGGGCUGUACGGCGCCCCCGAGCCCAACGGCAGCUGGACCGGCAUGGUGGGAGAGCUGAUCAACAGGAAAGCAGACCUGGCGGUCGCCGGCUUCACCAUCACCUCAGAGAGAGAGAAGGUGAUCGAUUUCUCCAAACCCUUCAUGACUCUGGGGAUCAGCAUCCUGUACCGGGUUCACCUGGGUCGUAAACCGGGUUACUUCUCCUUCCUGGAUCCGUUCUCCCCGGCUGUCUGGCUCUUCAUGCUGCUGGCCUACCUCGCCGUCAGCUGCGUCCUCUUCCUCGCCGCCAGGCUCAGCCCCUAUGAGUGGUACAACCCUCACCCGUGCCUGCGGGAGCGGCGGGACGUCCUGGAGAACCAGUACACGCUGGGGAACAGCCUGUGGUUCCCGGUGGGCGGCUUCAUGCAGCAGGGCUCAGAGAUCAUGCCGCGCGCUCUGUCCACGCGCUGCGUUAGCGGCGUCUGGUGGGCGUUCACCCUCAUCAUCAUCUCGUCCUACACGGCCAACCUGGCGGCGUUCCUGACCGUCCAGAGGAUGGAGGUUCCCAUCGAGUCUCCGGACGAUCUGGCCGACCAAACCAACAUCCAGUACGGGACCAUCCACGGAGGGUCCACCAUGACCUUCUUCAUGAACUCGCGGUACCAGACGUACCAGCGGAUGUGGAACUACAUGUACUCCAAGCAGCCCAGCGUGUUCGUGAAGAGCACCGAGGAAGGCAUCGCCCGAGUCCUCAACUCCAAGUACGCCUUCCUGAUGGAGAGCACCAUGAACGAGUACUACCGCAGCCUCAACUGCAACCUCACGCAGAUCGGAGGACUGCUGGACACCAAAGGAUACGGCAUCGGCAUGCCUCUGGGCUCUCCGUUCAGAGACGAGAUCACUCUGGGGAUCUUACAGCUGCAGGAGAGCAACAGGCUGGAGAUCCUGAAGAGACGCUGGUGGGAGGGAGGGCAGUGUCCCAAAGAGGAGGACCACCGAGCCAAAGGUCUCGGCAUGGAGAACAUCGGCGGGAUUUUCGUGGUCCUGAUCUGUGGCCUCAUCAUCGCCGUCUUCGUGGCCAUCAUGGAGUUUGUGUGGUCGACGCGCCGCACCGCCGAGACGGACGAGGUAAACCAUCAUCAUCAUCCUCCUCCUCCUCUUCCUCUCUCGUCCUCCUCCUCCUGCCCCGCCCCCGGCCUCAGCCUCAGCUCAGACACCUCAGUCUCUGUUUGUCAGGAGAUGUUGACGGAGUUUCGAAACGCCGUCUCCUGUAAGAAGAGUUCUCGUUCUCGGCGGCGGCGGCCUCUGACCAGCGCCGGGGGCGGAGUCUUGCGUCAUCCGUCACGCCUGGCCCUGGCAGCCCCGCGUCCCAUCCGUCUGGUCCGCGAAAUGCGUCUCAGCAACGGUAAACUGUACAGUGGCGCCGGCCCCCUGACGGGCGGGCUGGCGGGGCUUGGGGGAGGUAUGGGAGCAGGUCCUGAUUUGGGCCCAGGACCACAGAGGCUCCUGGAGGACCCGGCAGGCACCAACGCCACCAGUGGCACACCCCCUCCCCCUCCUCCGGCGUCUGCCCUGGUGGCUCCUCCCGCCCCACCACGUAGCUUCCUGCAGGCCUGCAGCCAUGUGCGGAUCUGCCAGGAGUGCCGGCGGAUCCAGAGCCUGCGGCCGACCGCGCUCACGCCUCCCCCACCUCCUCCCCCCUCCUCAUCCUCCUCCGCCUCCUCCUGCUCCCGGAUCCCUCCCUCCGUGCCAACGCCAGGUCACCACCACCGUCACAACCCCCACCACCACCUCCACUACCACCACGGCUCCAUGUCGCUGCCCCGCCUCCCGCCGCCGCCUCCUCCAAUCCCAGCAGACAGAGCUGACAGCGAUGGAGGAGGGGGGGUGGGGAGCCCCCGGCAGGCCAAUACCAAACCGCUGCCACCACCCCGGCCGAUACCCCCCCCCAAGACUCCAACACGCCCGCCAACAGACUUACUGGGGGGGCACGACUGA